AUGGAACAACUAGACUUAUCGCCCAUAAAUACAGCUAAGCCGUUGCAUUCCAAAACGCCAUCCGUUAUAGCCGGUUUAGAUCCUGACCCGCUGCCGCCGCCAGUACUUUCACCACUACAAAUGGCUGUGAAAACAGCCCGAGAACAGGGUGAAAAUCUUGAGGGAUAUUCUAUGAUUUUCCCUGUUUUUCAAGAUGCUAAUCAUCAGAGGUAUCAUGAGCCUCUACCUUUUAAACAACUUAAAGAACUGAAACAAGCUUGCGCUCAAUACGGGCCUACUGCGCCGUUUACGCUAGCCAUAAUUGAAAGUCUUUCAUCUCAAUACUUGCCUCCUAAUGAUUGGAAGGCAGUUGCGCGAGCCUGUCUCUCAGGAGGUGAUUAUCUCUUGUGGCGCUCAGAAUACGGGGAGGUCUGUGGCACCAUUGAAGACCGUAACCACCGUAAUAGGCUGCAGGUUACUUUUGACAUGCUAAUGGGGGAAGGACAAUUUAGAGACCUUAAUCAACAAUUGACCUACCCUGAACAAGCUUAUCCACAAAUCAAUGAGGCAGCCCUAAAGGCAUGGAAAAGGCUCCCUGCCUCGAAUAGAAAGGCUGAGGACUUAUCAAAAAUCCGGCAGGGGCCUGACGAGCCUUAUCAGGAUUUCGUCGCUCGACUUCUCGAGGCAGUGUCAAAAAUUAUAGGAGAUGAGGAAGCCGGAACUAUUUUAACUAAACAGAUGGCAUAUGAGAAUGCUAAUACUGCUUGUCAGGCUGCUUUAAGACCUUAUAGGAAAAAGGGAGGUUUAGCGGAUUAUGUAAGAAUUUGUGCUGACAUCGGCCCUUCCUAUCUUCAGGGAUUGUCUAUGGCUGCUGCUAUCCAGGGAAAAACUAUCCAGGAAGUUUUAUAUCAACAAACUAAGAACAAGAGUAGUGUAAAAAAGGGAGGGCCUCCUGGCAGUUGUUUCUCAUGCAGACAAUUGGGACACCGCAUGGCACAAUGCCCUAAGAAAAACAACGUAGAUAGCACCAAAAAUCCUAAUGUAUGCCCUAGAUGUAAGAAAGGAAAACACUGGGCUAGAGACUGCAGAUCUAAGACAGAUGUGGAUGGCAAACCUCUUCUGUCACAGUCGGGAAACUGGGUGAGGGGCCAGCCCCAGGCCCCGAAACAGUGUUAUGGGGCGCUUCAGAACGAACUUCAGCCCAACCCAACCGGCCCGAUAUUAAGAGCCUCCUCCAAGCUACCCCAGGCAGCGCAGGAUUGGACUUGUGUGCCGCCGCCUACACAGUACUAA